CGGCUGUGCAGCACCUUAUUGUUAGUUAGUGGAACAAGUUAAGCGACACUUGUUGAAUCCAAUUGAAUACUAGGACCGCGGCAGUUGGCAGAACAUUUCAAGUCUUCCGUACUUUUCGUUUUAUCUAACUUUAAAAGCGUGAUUAACAAGUUAAUUUGCAAGUGAAGAAAUACAGUGAAGAACAAAAAAAAAAAUACAAAAAUAAAUGCAAUAAUUGAAAGAAAACGAGAAGUUUUAGCGUGUGCGGACCGAUUGCAAAACUACAAAUAAUUAUAUUUAAACAAAAAAAAAAAAUAAAAAUAAUAACAAAUUAAAAAGAGUUCCAAAAACCUUUGUGGCGUUCACUGGACACUCGCCAAAAAAUUACGACGAAAUACCAAUUGUGAUAUCGAACACAGAGUCAAUAAGAAAUAAGCGCAAAAAUGCAUCAAUUCAAAUUAACCGAAAUGAAAACGAAUCUGCUGUACGCGCCCGAGUCAUACGCGCUGGCCCAUGCCGUCUCUGCCGAUCUGAAUACGAUGAAGGGCACGCUCGCUUGGCAAUUUGCCGUGAUUUUCGGCAACUUCGAGGAGCUCAGCAAGCAGCCGAUAACCGUGGGCAAUGUCGCCGUUAUGGAGCACCAGUCGCGUUUCAUUUACUUUCUGGUGACAAAGGAAAAUGUCUACGAGACCACAACAUACAACACAUUGCAUGCGGCGUUGAUUUGUAUGCGCGAACAUAUGCGCAUACACGAGAUCACAAAAAUCGCCAUGCCGCGCAUUUGCUGUGGCACGGACGGCUUGGAGUGGCGACGUGUCAAGCAGUUAAUACGCACAGUAUUCGCCAGAGAGACCAACGUGGAAAUACUGGUCUGUAGCUACAAUCAAACGGUGACAAUACCGCCAAAAUGCCAAAUUGUCGAAGAGAAGGGCAACAUCUUAAGCGCGCCGCAGGACUUCUCGCUGGUGCACUCGACAAGCGCCGACUUUGCCAUGUCCAGCGGCAUAGGCUUGCACUUCAAAUGCAAAUUUGGACAGAUCAAUGAGUUGCAAAAACAAAAUAAACAUGUUGGCAAUGUGGCGGUGUUGAAGGAUAACAACCGUUAUAUCUACAAUUUAAUAACCAAGGAACGUAGUCAUGAGAAAUGCACUUAUCCGGCGCUUUACUAUGCGCUGAUGGCAAUGCGCGAGCAUGUGGAGCAAAACAAUGUGACCAAGCUGGCUAUACACAGAUUCGGUGGCGACAUCGAUCGCUUGAGUUGGUUGCGUGUUAAGAACAUUGUGGAAUUCGUAUUUUGCAAUAAUGCCGUGGAAAUCAUUGCAUACGUCUAUGAUCCACCAGAGGUAGUACGCAGACGCUCACGUGAUUCACGCUCACGCUCGCGCACUUUGGAGUCCAUGGUUAAUCGCAUGUCGCUUUCACGAGACUUUCCUUGAAUGAAGUGGCAGUUGAUGCAGGCGAAGAUUUUAAGUUAAAAUGUGAAAUGUGUUUUUUUUACGCCCACAUAUAAACACACAGAGACACAGUUAAUUUAAUAAUAUUUUACUCAUACACCACAUAUUUAUAACCUUAAUUUUAAGUUUAUUAUUUACACUGAAAGCGGUGUUCCAGAAGGACAAACAUUGAAAGUGUUUUUUUUUUUUUUUGUUGGAAAAAAUAACGUUUUAGCAGAGUAAAGUGUAUUUGUGAUGAAAAAAAAUGAAAAAAACGAAUGUUAUUUAUUUUGCUUAAAAUAUCAUUCAGAGUGUGAUUAAACAAUAAAAAUUUACACAGAAAAGUAUUUUCAGGCAAUACAUACAUAUGUAUGUGUUUUCAUUGCACAUUUAUUACUUUUUCGAGUUUUCUAAAUUAUUUUUAGGCAAUAUAUGCUUACAUUCCACAUAUAUAAUUUUUUUGAAUUUUUUAAUUUAAGACUAAUAUUUUUAAAACAUGUUUUAAAUAUUAUUUUAAAUUGUUUAAUAUAUUAUUAAAAAAUUUUAUCGAUUUUUUAAGACAUUUAAACCAAAUUUAUAUUAUUUUUACAACAUUUAAACUGUAUAAAAAAUCUCUCAAAAAUCCAAAUUAUUUUCGCAAAGCGACGUUUUCUUAGUUUUUAAGUAUGUUUAUAUGCAUUAAAAAUGAGGUAUCAUAGAUAACGCAAAUUAUGAUAAGAAAAAAUAAAAUUGUCACAAUUCCAAAUGUAAACAAACGAUGUCAAACACACGCACACAUGCACACACACGAAAUCUAAUUUUUAACAAAAAGUGUAAUUUAACAUUUUUGCUAACUACACUGUUGUUCAAAGUAAUAAAUAAAACUCUUUGAUAACUAAAAGCAUUCCAAGAAAA